CGGCCACAACCGGCCCUUGCCAUGAUGUCUGGUAACCUACCACCUCGAGGCCGAAUUGCUGCCUUCUCGAGGACAUCAGAAGCCGCUUACCUGCGGCGCAGUUCAUGUGUGGGUAUUUUUUACUAGGACACACUACUUACUGGUGUAAGGCAUAUUUUCUCCUAGUGCCGUUCAUUUAUUCUUGUUAUGCUCGGCGUUUCUCUGGCCCUACUCUGGCGAACAAGCUUUCCGCGGGGAACAAUUCGCACGUCUCCAUCUACUCUCAGUUUCAGACCCCUCAUUCGCAUAUCCCGGAGUGUUCAAAAUUCUCGAGCUUCCACACGUCGUAGCAUGGCGACCAUCGUCAAUGUCCCGAGGGAUCCCAAUACCCUCAGCAAUUACCACAACUGGCGAUGCAACCACAUCACUGCCAAUUUUGAUAUUCUCUUUCAUGAGAAAAAGCUCGUGGGCAGCGUCACUCAGACGUUCCAGUCAGCCACCGAUGGUGAGUCGCAGGAGAUUAUCUUGGACUCAAACCAUGUGGAUAUUGGUAGCGUCAGCCUUGAUGGCAAGCCUUUGACUUGGGAGCUUCUUCCGCCCUCCGAUCCCUACGGCAGGGCGUUGAAGAUCAAACUUGACCGGAGUGUGCAGAAGAAUGAGACGAUCGACAUCGAGAUCGCUCUUCAAACCACUGAGAAAUGCACUGCCCUUCAGUGGCUGACCCCGGGUCAAACCUCUAAUAAAAGGCAUCCGUAUAUGUUCUCUCAAUGUCAGGCGAUUCAUGCCCGGUCUAUCUUUCCGUGUCAAGAUACACCUGACGUCAAGUCCACCAUUGAUUUCAACAUCUCGUCACCAUUACCCGUGAUUGCGAGUGGGCUGCCAGUCCGUGACUCAUCGGGGACGCCACCCCCCAACGACAGGACAGUGUAUCGCUUUCACCAGCGAGUGCCCAUUCCGAGCUAUCUUUUCGCUCUGGCCAGUGGUGAUAUUUCCGAGGCAGGAAUUGGACCCCGAAGUAUUGUUGCUAGCAGUCCCGACAAGCUCGGCGAAUGCCAAUGGGAGCUUGAAGCCGAUACGGAGAAGUUCAUCGAAGCAAUCGAGGGAAUUGUCUACCCAUACGCUUGGGGGAAGUACAAUGUCUUGAUCCUCCCACCCAGCUUCCCCUAUGGAGGAAUGGAGAACCCGGUUUUCACUUUCGCGACACCCAGUAUUAUCUCCAAGGACAGGGAAAACAUCGAUGUCAUUGCCCAUGAGCUUGCGCACAGCUGGAGUGGUAAUCUUGUGACCAAUGCUUCAUGGGAGCAUUUCUGGCUCAAUGAGGGUUGGACCACCUAUCUGGAAAGGCGGAUCCUCGCUGUGGUUCAUGGCGAGUCGUAUCGACACUUUUCCGCUAUUAUAGGCUGGAAAGCGCUCACAGAUUCUGUCGAGCAUUUCGGACAUGACCAUGAAUUCACAAAACUAGUCACAGAUUUGAAAGGCAAAGACCCUGAUGAUGCAUUCUCCAGUAUUCCAUAUGAGAAGGGAUUCAACUUUCUUUUUUAUCUGGAGAAUCUGAUUGGAAAGCAUAAAUUUGACCAGUUCAUACCUCAUUACUUCACAGUAUUCAAGGAGAAAUCCUUGGAUUCCUACGAGUUCAAAUCGACCAUGCUAGAUUUCUUCGAGUCUGACGCGGAAGCUUCCAAGCUCUUGAAUGAGCUUGAUUGGGACGGAUGGUUCUACGCGCCGGGCUUGCCUCCUAAGCCGGAGUUUGAUACUUCGCUAGUUGACGUUGUCUAUAGCCUUUCAAACAAGUGGAAGGCCCUUCCCGGCUCCCGUUUUAAACCACACCCUAGUGAUAUCGAUGACCUCACAGCCAAUCAGAUGGUUGUCUUCCUGGAGCAAGUGCUUCUCUUCGAGAGAUCACUGACACCAGAGUUGUCGAGGCUCAUGGGCGAUGUUUAUGGACUUGCAAAGAGCGAAAACAUAGAAGUCGCCAAUCUCUAUUUCCAAGUUGGCUUGAAAGCUGGUGACAGCAGUGUUAUUGGACCAACAACGAAACUGCUUGGCAGGAUUGGUAGGAUGAAGUUUGUGCGGCCUUUGUAUCGAAGCUUGCAGAAGAUUGAUCGACCAGUCGCCGUUGAAACCUUCGAGCAGAAUAAGGCCUUCUAUCAUCCUAUAUGCCGCGCCAUGGUCGAGAAGGACUUGUUUGGCAAGAAAGAUGCCUGAUUAUACUGCUAUCCUGUCAUUAUGCUUUUAGCAUUUGAUGCGACCCAGGGGGGUGGGUAACGUGGAUGCAACCAUUUCUUCAUACUAGGCGCACAUGUAAUGCAACUUUGAUCUACAUUUAGAGGACUUCUGAAUCGUCUGGACCAAAGAUUGUUCGCUGAAAUCGUCGGACAGGGCGGGACAUGGCCG